UUAGGCUUCUACUUGUUUGACUUUUGCUUGACAUUUGACCAACAAGUCAAGUUCUUGUGGAACCGCAAGCUGUCCAUUCCAUCAGUGUUGCUUGCACUUAUGCAUUCAUCAACCAUGAUCUUUGCAUUGUCAUAUCAGGCAUGUACUCUAUUGACAUGCCAGUGGCUGAUAAUGUGGCCUGACCCCAUGAUCUCAGCAAUUUCAGCUUUGCGUGUCUAUGCCAUCAAUGGAAGGCAUUGGCAGCUUCCUUCACUCAUUUUUGCAGUGGCCAUUCCAGGGAUUGUGCAAGACAUAGUAUGCAUCCAUGCUGAUUGGUUCCCUUGUCUGGUGAUCUCAAAACUCAUGUGGGCUUCACCAGUCGCUGUUGCUUCUACAAUUGUGGUCUUCACAGCAAACAUCCUUGUCUUGGGAGCAACAUGGUAUCACACUUUGACAGUGAAGAAACUAGCCGGUGCAGCUGGUCAAAACACCACACUGGUAACAUUGCUACUUCGUGAUGGUAAGUCAGACACUAUACAUUGA